GAAGCAAUUAAUGCUAAAAGGAACAUGUUGUCCCCUCAGCAUUUGUAAGGCUGAAGAAAUGGCAGCGAUUGGGAGUUUCGAAGGAUUCCAGCCCGUGUCUCUGAAGCAAGAGGGAGAUGACCAACCCUCUGAGACCGAUCACCUGUCCAUGGAGGAGGGGGACCCAGGCAAGGAACCAGUGCCCGGGCAGCUUUCAAGGCAGUCAAGUGUAACCAAAUCAACACUUUACCCCAAUCCUUAUCAGCAGCCUUAUAUCUCACGGAAGUACUUCGUUGCACGGCCGGGGGCCAUUGAGACUGCCAUGGAAGACUUGAAAAGCCACGUAGUGGAGACUUCUGGAGAGACCAUUCAAGGCUUCUGGCUCUUGACAGAGAUAGACCACUGGAAUAAUGAGAAGGAGAGGAUUUUGCUUGUCACAGACAAGACUCUCUUGAUCUGCAAAUACGACUUCAUCAUGCUCAGCUGUGUGCAGCUACAGCGGAUUCCCCUGAGUGCCAUCUAUCGCAUCUGCCUGGGCAAGUUUGUCUUCCCUGGGAUGUCACUGGACAAGAGACAAGGAGAAGGCCUUAGGAUCUACUGGGGGAGUCCGGAGGAGCAGUCCCUAUUGUCUCGCUGGAACCCAUGGUCCACUGAGGUUCCUUACGCUACUUUCACUGAGCAUCCUAUGAAAUACACCAGUGAGAAGUUUCUCGAAAUUUGCAAGCUGUCAGGGGCAGUGCUUUCUACUAUUCUGCCAUCCCUCAGUAUGACUUCCCAAGUGGUUUCAAGUAUUGGGUAUUGGAUCGACUUGCUCUUUAGCUCAGGAUGCUUCCGUCCCUACACAAAGAGGCUGAAACCUGUAGCCCGAAGGCUUGGAAAACCUGCUCAGCUGAGGAAUGUGGGCCUGCAGAAUUCUACUGGAUCUGGAAGAGGAAAGAAGCUGACGGUGUUAACAGAACCUAUUUUGAUCAAUACCUACACGGGGCUGAUGUCAUUCAUUGGAAACCGCAACAAACUUGGCUAUUCCCUUGCCCGUGGGAGCAUUGGUUUUUGAGACUCUUUUUGGUACACAAGUACAUCAUCCCUAAAUAUACCAUUAUUGAAGAUUCCAUUUCAGCCUGCCAUAUUUUUAAAUGGAAACAACUAAUUACUUUUAAAAAAUACUACAUGAUUUUGAAUAUUUAGUAUUUCAGGAAAUCUAAAAGCUUGAUUGGACUGAU